AUGAGAAGAGUGGAGAGGAGAUACGAGAUAAUGGCUCGCAGUAUAUCGUACAUUACGGGCACGCAGCUUCUCUCUCUCAGACGCCAUCCAAGCCUCGCCAUCGUCGAUGUCAGGGACGAUGAGAGGGGUUACGACGGACACAUAUCAGGGUCUCUUCAUUACGCAAGCGACACUUUCUCCGAUAACAUCUCAAACCUCAUUCAGGCUGUUAAAGACAAAGACACUCUCGUAUUCCACUGCGCUCUAAGCCAGGUUCGUGGCCCAACUUGUGCUAGGAGGCUUGUCAAUUAUCUUGAGGAGAACAAGGAAGAUACUGGGAUAAAGAACAUUAUGGUCUUGGAACGUGGCUUCAAUGGGUGGGAAGCUUCUGGUAGACCUGUUUGCCGCUGCACUAACAUUCCUUGCAAAGGGGAGUGA